GAAAGUUACAAGUGUCAACUGCAAAGUAAUUCAGAAGAAUUUUGGGUUAAAAUUUCAGAAUAUGUAUCAUUUCUCGAUUGAUAAAUAUAGGUAUUUUAAUGACUACUCGUAUAAAUUUUAGUUUAUGGACUGUUUGUACAGGGUGAUUAACUGAUUCUAUUACAGACUAAUUACGGUUUAAAUUUAAAUUUAGAAUUGGCGAGAGUAUAAAUUUUUUAGAGCGUGAAUAAAAUUGAAGUUACUGUUAGGGUUUGAAGUUUGUCUGUGUCCAUUGGUGUUGGGGUUUUGGUUUGAAGUUUGAAGAGGAAUAUGGAUGAUACGGCAACACCUUCAACUGCUUCGGCCUACCUUAAUCCUUCCUACUGGGAUGAGAGGUUCUCGAAAGAGGAGCAAUAUGAGUGGUUCAAAGAUUAUUCCCAUUUUCGCCACUUGAUUCAACCCCAUCUCACGCCCCAUUCCGCUGUACUGGAACUUGGAUGUGGAAACUCACAAAUGUGUGAAGAGUUGCAUAGGGAUGGCACAACCAACAUAACUUGCAUUGACCUUUCACCUGUUGCAGUUCACAACUUGCAAAAACGGUUACUCUCCCGGGGAUUCAAAGACAUAAAAGUGCUGCAAGCUGAUAUGCUAGAGCUACCUUUUGAGGAUGAGUGUUUUGAUUUGGUUAUUGAGAAAGGAACUAUGGAUGUAUUGUUCGUGGACAGUGGUGAUCCGUGGAAUCCAAAGCCUGAAACCAUGUCAAAGGUCAUGGCCAUGUUGAAAGGUGUUCACAGAGUUUUGAAAGCUGGUGGCACAUUUAUCUCAGUAACUUUUGGCCAGCCACAUUUCAGGCGCCCUAUAUUUAAUGCACCGGAUUUCAGCUGGUCUGUUGAGUGGACUACUUUUGGUGAAACUUUUCAUUAUUUUGUCUAUGUUCUGAAGAAGGGACAGAGAUCGUCAUAUGAUGAUACUCCAUCUGUUAAGAGGUUUGAAGCACCGGCUAUUAAUCUACUUCAUGAAGAGUUAGAAAGUGAAGAUUUUGCUUUCCGAAUCAAUGUUGAGGAGUUGAACUGUUAGACUGUAUUGUGAGAAGUUUUGUUAUCAAUUUUAAUUCGCUUGCUUCAAAAGAGGAAUGCGAUUAUCUUGACUGAUGGAUUUAGGCAUACUGAUGUUGCACCAAAAUGGUAAUUGUACUUUGUUGAAAAGUAAAUGAAAACAUCUCAAGUUACCAUGA